AUGCAGCGUGUGGGCGGCGCCUUGUACCUAAUGCUGAUCUGGAUCCCCAUGGUGGUUAUGGCUCAGAGCAGGAACACGGACCCGAUGAGUCUGGGCGAGAUUGACCCCCAGUGCUGGGAGAGCUCCUCCCUUGCCCUGGUCGAGCUCAAGAAGCUGCGAGUCGCCGAAACAGUCAGCGGCCUCUGGGACUUCAUGAUCUUUCUGAAACUCUCGGAAAAACCCAAGCAUGCUGCCCUGUUCAUCGACCUGGCUCAGCUCUUCUGGGAUAUCUACGUGGACUGUGUGCUGUCGCGAUCUCAUGGGCUGGGCAGAAGGCAGAUCGUAGCUGGAUAUACCUUCCGGCUUGGCACGUUCAAGCGACAAGGAAAUGAAGUUUUAAACAUCAAGGAAGAAUUGGAGUCAUGA